AUGCAUUCGUCGCGAUCCUUCGCCAUAGCGGCAGUUGCAGCCCUAUGCUGGCAGACUGUGCUCGCUGUGCCCCACGUUCCCCGGCAAAGCAGCGCUGAUAACCAUGCCCUGAACCGCCAACGAGCAGAUGCCGUCAAAGAUGCAUUUCAGUUUGCGUGGGACGGAUACUACAAAUAUGCUUUUCCCCAUGACGAGCUGCACCCUCUUUCAAAUUCCUACUCAGACUCAAGAAAUGGAUGGGGCGCGAGCGCCGUGGACGCUUUCAGCACGGCGAUUGUGAUGCAGAACGCGGAUGUCACGAACACUAUCCUAUCAUAUAUUCCCACGAUCAAUUUCGGUCAACCGGUUCCUGGAUCGCAGAUCUCGCUUUUCGAGACCACAAUCCGGUACCUGGCUGGAAUGUUGUCAGGUUAUGACCUCCUGAAAGGGCCUCUGUCAGGCCUCACAACCAACACUGCUGCUGUUGACGCAAUUCUUACUCAGGCACAGAAUCUGGCAAACAACCUUUCAUUUGCAUUCGACACCCCUACUGGGAUCCCCAGCAACAACCUGUACUUCAAUCCUCAAUCCACUGAUGGAUCUACAUCAAACGGUCUAGCUACGAUCGGAUCACUUGUCUUAGAAUGGACGCAUCUCUCCGAUCUCACCGGCAACAAGACCUACGCUGCUCUAUCCCAAAAAGGGCAAUCGUACCUGUUGCACCCUCAGCCAGCCUCGUCGGAACCCUUCCCUGGGCUCCUCGGCACGAACGUGAACAUUUCCAAUGGCGUUUUCCUGGAUGCAGAGGGGGGUUGGGUUGGAGGCGACGACAGCUUCUACGAGUACCUCCUGAAGAUGUAUGUGUAUGACUCGACACGCUUCGCAAGCUACAAGGACCGCUGGGUUCUGGCAGCCGAUUCUACGAUUCAGUACCUCGCUAGUCAUCCAUCUACCCGUCCCGAUCUGACAUUCGUGGCUAUGUACGAUGGACAAGAGCUCAUUUUUGAAUCCGAGCAUCUUGCGUGUUUCAACGGAGGGAACUUCAUCCUCGGAGGUCUCGUUCUCAAAGAGCAGAAAUAUAUCGACUUUGGUAUUGCCCUCGUUACAGGCUGCGAGGAUACCUACGCCAAUACUUUGACGGGUAUCGGCCCCGAGGUGUUCAGAUGGGUGACCAACACCACUGCCGCCAAUGAUACCACCAACCCAGGCCCUUCCUCGCAUGAAGAGGCCUUCUACAAAAAAGCAGGCUUCUACAUCACCGACGGGGCGUACAUCCUCCGCCCGGAAGUCAUCGAGAGUUUCUACUACGCCUACCGAGCCACGGGCAACCAGACAUACCGGGACUGGGCCUGGAAUGGCUUCGUCGCAGUCAACACCACCUGCCGCGUUGGCUCCGGAUUCGCCGAGUUGCAGAACGUAAACGCGGCUAACGGUGGCGGAUUCAACGACUUCCAGGACAGUUUCCUCUUCGCGGAGGUCCUGAAGUAUAGCUAUCUGAUCCAUGCACCGGAUAAUGUCUGGCAGACGAAUCACAAUGGAGUUAACCAGUUUGUUUUCAAUACCGAAGCUCAUCCCUUCAAGGUUGCAGGCCCCCCAAUCUAG